AUGGCUAAUCAGACGACGAUGGAAAGAGACCUUUUGUCCUGCAGCAUCUGUUUAGAUCUCCUGAAGGACCCCAAGACACUCCCCUGUAUGCACAGAUUCUGCCAGAGCUGUCUUAACGGUCACAUCGUCGCCUCGACUGCAAGAACUUCGCCUUCUAGGCCAGGUUUUUCUUGUCCUGUGUGUAGAGAAUCCAUCAAGGCUCCAGACGGCUCUAGCAAACCUUCUACCUGGGCUGGUCUGUUCAAGACAGAUUUUAUGGUUAAAAGUAUGGUCGAGGUCUACCAAUCAAAACAAGUUGCUGAUGCCCCGAAAGGCAACCAUCCUUGCCCGAAGCACAUGGAUAAAGAACAAGAACUGUACUGCUUUGACUGCUCUACAACUGUCUGUCAUCUGUGUGCGGUUAUAUCCCACAGGGCAUGUCGUAAGAUAGGCACAGUGACGGAAGCUGCACAACAACGUCGAGCUACCUGGCAAGGAUACUUAAAAAAAAUUCCACAUUUGAUAAACAAAGCUCUAGAGACUGAUAAGUUAAAAGAAAGUUAUAUGAAAGAAAUAAAUAAAAACAAAGUCUCUGUUGAAAACAAAAUCAAAGAAACAGCAAAGAACAUAUGCAAAAUUGUUACAGACGAAGAAAAUAAACUUUUGAAACAGGUACAAGGGAACUAUGACAACCUUCAACAAACAGCUGUGACAUUUAAUGAGCAGAUACAACAUCUAAUGUCAUCGGUAACGGAAAUAUCGACAAAGUUAUCAUCAUCCUCAGAUUUCGAUCUAAUGGUAGAGAAAGAUAUUUCAAAGACUGUUGAGUCAUUCAGUAAACACAACCAAACUGUCAACAAAGAUUACCGCGGUUUCUGUGAGGCCCUUCCCUCCGUGAAAUGGAGUUUUCAGGAGCAAACUAUGUUACGAGUAAAUCUCGGCACCCUUCAAUUUACGUGUAGUGCCGCUGUUCCUAACCUCUGCACAUUUCCAGGGCCACAGAUGCGACCAAGUUAUGGGUGGGCAACUGGCAGAUUUCCUUCACAGAGACAAUUAUAUAGCAGCGAACAAUGUUCAAUGGAGAACGCAUUUUCAAACACACAUUUAAACAAUUCCCGUAGUCUUCUGGGUAUCUCCAUGAGGUUCAACACUGCGGAGACAGAGGCGGACACAGAUUCAGACAGCUACAGUCACAACUGGAACUCACCAAUGGCUUCUGAAGAUGAAGACCUUUAUGAUUAA